UGACGACAUUUCUGCAUUAUAUUUUAAUUUCAGAAAAUAUAGUUUUAAUUUUUAUUUAGUCAGACGAACGAAAUUUAUUUUGAAAUAUGCUUUAUUUUCAUCUUUUUCCUCUGUUAAUUUUUAGUAUUUUAUGUUUUCACAUUGUUUCUUGUGCUGUUUUAGAAAAAUUGUUUAAUGGAGCAUCAUCUUGUGAAACUGGCUGCGACACUUUUUUUGACAAUUCACCUGGCUUACAGAAGUCUUGUGCUGAAGGCUGCCGUCUUUAUACUGUAAUCGGUCUUGCGAAAGAUAUACAGGAUGUUAAUAAAACAACAAUAUUGUGUAUUGCAGCUUGUUCAGAAGCAUUUGUGAAUGAAUCUGCAAAUAAUGCUUGUAAUUAUGGAUGUUGUGCUUAUCCACCUCCAGUUGAAACCGAAGAGGUCCAAACUCUCCACCUUCUCACACCUUUGAUGUAUGUUAAAAGUGCAUACAAUUCUAUGACACGUCACGUUAAGCAGUUUAUAUCCACCAGUUGGACAGUGUACGUUCAAGAAGACUCUGGAAAAAUGAUUGUUUUGCAGACCAGUCCAAAAGUUGUCGAAAGUUUGGAAUAUUCUGUAUCCAAUGAUGAAGACAGUAAUUCCAAAGACUAUCAAUCAAACUGGCAAGAAGCAAAAGUUGAUUGGAUGGAUUGCAUUUCCCACCAAUCGGGCAUUCCUCGAUGGAUUUUGGUUGUGAUUCUCUUUGGAUUUGUUUUCGCUUUAUUGUGGCUGUGCUGUGCAACUGCCGUUACUGCACCCCAUCAUCGUAUAUCUUCUAAAAAGAAGGAACUUGGAUUUCUUAUUGUGUGUGAAACCAGCAAAGAGCUGAAGGCACCUUUGAUACCUCUCAAUGAAACUGAUGAGGAAGCACCCCCACUACCACCCAAAGUUUCACUUAUUUAAAUGAUUUAAUCUAAAUGUUUUGUUUCUCAUAUACUCUUGUAUAAAGUAUUGAAUCUAAUUAACCCUUAUUAGAUCAUGCUCUUGGGCUUUCAAUGUUGAGUUUUAUCGAUGUAGGGAAUGGAAAAAAAAUUAUUGAUUUUUAAUUACUCAUUUUGUGAUAUAUAAUAUAUUUUGGAUUACUCCCCCUUCUCCCCUAUCCUUUCACUAGUCAAAUCUAUGUAGCCCGUGAUUCAUGAAUACCAAAUGUGAUUUUUGAAUAAAUGUUUCAAAUUUUACUAUUUAUCACUUAAAUAUCAUGCAUUUAUAUUUUCUUUUUUGCAUUUCAAACAAAUUUGGUGUAAUUUUAUGCCACUUGAUGAUAUAUGAAUAAAUAAACCUUCAUAUAAGUUUA